AAUUAGAAUCGUAACAAAUUCUUAUCUUUUAAAACCCUAAAUCACUAAUUAUACACAACUUUUGCACUGCUGAUUAAUAUAAGUAGUGUUUAUCAAAUCAGUGUCUUUCUAUCAGUGCUCAAAGCAAGUUUCAGUGAUUAAAGCGCAACAAUGGUGCACUAUGACACAAUAGUAAUCGGGCUCGGAGCAGCUGGUGUGACUGCUGCCACAACUCUGAUCCGAGCGGGGAGACGGGUGCUGGCAUUAGAGGCGCAGUCCCGUAUUGGAGGCAGAGUCCAUACUGUGCCUUUUGGAAAUGGACUUAUAGAACUGGGCGCUGAAUGGAUCCACGGCAACCAGAAAAGCCGCGUCUUCGACCUGACCACCCAACACAACAUCAUCACCGUCCCUCAGAGCCUGAUCAUGGCGCCGUUCCGUUCUGACGGUUCAGAAGUUGAUGCGGAACUGGUGAACGAGCUCUUGGAUAUAGCUCUGCACAUAGUUGACCAUCCGCCGGACCAGCCUGAACCGCUGGGGACCUUUAUCACUUACAAACUAAGAGAAUACAUCGCCGAGCAUAAGCCGGACCUUCUAAAAGACCAAGACUUCAUAACGGAAUUCCUCGAGUUCGCCAACCUGCUGACCAACAACUAUGAGGCGUCGGACGACUGGACGGAUGUGACGACCAUCAGUCGGUAUGAGGAGCUGGAUGGGCCGCAGUUGAACAGCUGGCAUAGAUAUGGAUAUAGGACCUUCUUUGAGAUUAUGCUGAACACAUACAAAGACGGCCCAGGGCUCCCCAACUUGGAUAUAAAGCUCAACACGGAAGUCAAGGUCAUCAGGGCCCCGCAGCACCCCACCGAGCGCGUCACAGUAGAGUGCAGCGACGGCAGCUCCUACGAGGCGGAUAACGUCAUAGUCACCGUGUCCCUCGGGGUUCUCAAGGACAAGCAUACAACGCUCUUCUCCCCACCGCUAUCCAAAGAAAAACAAACAGCCAUAGACAAAAUUAGCAUAGGCGUCAUGGACAAAGUCAUUCUAUCCUUCGACGAGAUCUGGUGGCCCCACCACACUUCGUUCUUUGCAUUCAUAUGGCAGGGAGACGACAAGAGGAGAGUGGGAAAGCAUGAUUAUUGGACCACGAGGAUAUAUGGAGCCAGUCGGCCUAUGGGGUCGAGUAAUUCGUUGACGCUGUGGACUAGCGGAAAUAUUGCUAAACAGGUUGAGACACUGCCAGAGGAAAUAGUGAAGACGAAAUGUGUAGAGCUGCUGCAGAAAUUCAUCGGCGACACAUUAAAAAUUACCGUGCCAACACCCACUGCCAUUAUAAGGUCAACCUGGCACUCGAACCCAUAUACCCGCGGAAGCUACUCCUACGAUAACCUCCUCACCCCGCAAUACCCCGAAGCCCGGGCGUGGCUCGGUACCCCAAUCCCAGACUCUUCGGGCGCCCCUCGGGUACUGUUUGCAGGGGAAGCGACGAAUCUGAACCACUUCAGUACGGUGCAUGGAGCGAGCGAGACGGGCUAUAGGGAGGCUAUGCGACUGUUGCCUCACACUAGUAAAAUAUAACUUCAAUGUCAAAAUGACAGACGAUUGUCAACUGUGUGGUAAAACCGGUAAAUAUAACAAUUUUGAUACGUACAAAUUUUUACGGUACCUAAAUUACCGAUAAUAAUUUGAAAACUACUAUUAAUACCGGUACUCAUAUGAAAUACAACCGUUAAUGGUUUUAAACGGUAUGUAAAUAUAUCAAAUUACCGGUAUUGAUUUUAUAGCUAACCACUAUUGACACUGGUACCAGUAAAGAUUUUAUAAUAAAAUACUGAUAACCAUAACGAUAACAUGUUUCUAGUCUAUACCUUUUGAUACAUGUGGACUAUACAAAUACAUGUAAUAACUAUACAAAAAUUACCGGAUAGAACCUAUUUAAAAUAUUGUUAUUGAGUUACGGCAUUAGUUAUCGAGUUAUUAAUGGUAUUGAUAGCGAUACCAAAAUUAUCGGUAAGUACCUACCCAGAUAUUAAGUACCGGUAUUGAAUUUACCGAUACUGGUUUUAAUGAGACUAUACAAUUACACUAUUAUAUAUUUUUAUAUAUUAUAUAUAUAUAUAUUUUUAUUGUAUUAGGAUGCCAUUCAUCUGCAUUUUGUACAUCGUAAAUUCUUGAUACCGUUGGUAUAUUUUUGUUAUUUUAAUAUCAUAUUUGUAUUUAGAUAUAAGCCGAAAUGACCUGUAAAUUUUUAAUAAAUAAUAGACAGAAUAGAUACUAAUGUUUUAUGUUGUAUACUCUGGCAAACGCACUUUGUCAGUUGAAAAAGGCGCGAAAUUCUAAUUUUCUAUGGGAGCACAACCCUUCUACUGACGGAAAUGGCUUGCCAAACCAGGGGUCUCCAAACCCUGGCCCGCGGGCCAUAUCCGGCCCGCGACGCGUUCCAAUCCGGCCCGCCGACACCCAAAGCGAGUGCCCACUGUCCGGCCCGCGGGAGCCAGGCUCCAGGGGUUCAGCA